AUGGUAUCAAAGACUGGGAACAGCACCAAGGACCUGAAGGAACAAGACAGUGCUUUGGACUUUUCAUCUACGCCAAAUGCACAUGGAACACAAGAGACCCCCAUGGAUACGCCUCAACAAUCAGUUAUGGGCCUAAAAACAACUAGCAAGACCAAGGAAACCAAGAAUAGCACAAGGAACAGCAACCAAGCUCCAACAGGACAGACAGGCUCCAAGAACAGAGCCACAGAGCUACCUAGCAAACAGCUGACCUUGGUGAACCGCCUGAGUUCAGACCGGGAUCACUUAGACCGGAAGGAGGGCUGGAAUGGCAUCUCUCUACAUGGGCCAAGCCACCAAGGGCCAAGGGUUGCGGAGCAGCCUUUUGGCCGGAGGGAAGUCUUGUCACGGAGUGGUUUGAGUUCUCAAAGGCACCCAGCAAUCAAGGUUUCAUCAUCCUUGCAUUGUUUCUAUCCUAGUUCGCUCAUAGUUCACGUUUCACGGUGUUUGUUUCCCCCUCAUCAGAAAAACAAGAAACUCUUUCUUGGUUGUUUGUCUGUCUCUGGUCGAAUGGAUAUGACCAUGGAGGAAAGAUUUGGGAUGUUAGAGGAAAGUAUGAGGUUAGUCAUACAAAAUUUGAAUCAGUUAAGGAUUGACCAUCAACAAGAUAGAACACAAAACCCUAAUUUGCGACCCUACGAGGAUAGAACUAUUAAGAUUGAUAUACCUGAAUUUGACGGCCAAUCUUAUGAUCCAGGAAGAUACCUAGAAUGGGAGGAUCGAAUGGACAAUUACUUUGAAUUCAAGAACACACCCCCAGACCAACAGUACAAGCUAGCCAAGAUCAAAUUGAUCAAAUCGGCUGCUAUAUGGUUAGAAGGACUCCAAAAACGUAGGAUUAGGGAAGAGAGGGGUAGGAUUAAUUCUUGGACCAAACUCAAGAAACACAUGAAAAGGAAAUAUGUCCCUACUUCAUACAAACAACAGCAAUACAUCCAACUAAAUGCCAUGAAACAGGGAACAAAAUCUGUGGAUGAGUAUAGAAAUGAGUGGGAAAGGUUGUAUGUGCUUUGUGACCCCCAUGAGACUGAAGAGAUGAGAGUGGGAAGGUUCAUAGCUGGGCUAAGGGAGGAAAUCAGGGAUAGACUUAUGACUACACCUGACCUCACAGUGCACAUAGCCAGUUUGCAGGCUGUUGAGAUUGAGAGACAAAUCAAUAGGGCAGCCCACUCCCAAACCAGAGGCACAAGGACCUACACCCCUAAGAAUGCGAGCACCAUCCCUACUCCUAAGAGAGAUAUCCAGAACAGUGGGCCAAGAACCAACACCACAAGAGUAGAACCACCCACAAACCCCAAGGAUGUGGUAUGUUUUAAAUGCAAUGGGAGAGGACACUAUAAGAGGGAUUGUCCUAAUGCUAGAGCCUUUACUAUGAGGGAGUGGAAUGAAAUUAGGCAAGAUACUAGGCCAAAGAAGAUCUUAGUUGCCCAGAAUGGUCAGGAAGAGGAGAUUCACCCCCCAAAUUUGAGUGAUGAUGAUGGCACCUAUAUAAGGGAUGAUGAGGGAAACUUACAGAGGUUUGAGGAGAGCACUGAAGAGAAUGAAAAUGAGGAGCUGGAGAGAGUGUUGCCUGAGGAGGAGCACCUGAGUCUGGUCAUUAGAAGGAGCUUUCACACCACACCCUUAGCCAAGAGGUCAGACCAGAGGGAAAACAUAUUCCAAACCAAGUGCAAAAUACAGGGGAAAGUGUGUGAUCUUAUUAUUGACAGUGGGAGUGAGUCCAACUGUGUGAGCAGGCAAUUAGUGACCGAGCUGAAUCUGGAUACCAAGCCUCACCCUCACCCUUAUAAGAUGAAGUGGCUUGACAACAAAGCAAGUGGGUCAGUGAGCAAGCAGUGCUUAGUGAGCUUAACCUUAGGGACUUAUGUUGAUGAAGUGAUGUGUGAUGUCUUAGACAUGGAUGCUUGCCAUUUAUUGCUUGGGAGACCUUGGCAAUAUGACAAAAAGACUACCCACAAUGGCUACACCAACACUUACACCCUCAAACAUGAUGGGAAAAAGAAGGAGUUGAUUCCCCUGCCCCCACACAGGGCUGUUCCCCCUAAACCAGCUAAGGCACCUAUACAUCUGAUGACUAGAAAGGAAUGUGAGAAGGAGAUUAAAAGCAGAAAGGAGCUAUACCUGUUGAUCAUGAAAGAAAUACAAAAUCAGCCCUCUAUACCCCCUGAGCUACAGAGUCUGCUUAAGCAAUUUGAGGAUGUUUUUCCAAGUGACUUACCACCUGGUCUUCCCCCUGUGAGAGGCAUAGAGCACCAGAUUGACCUUGUUCCAGGAGCUAGCCUACCUAAUAAGCCUGCCUACAGAUCCAACCCCAAGGAAACUGAGGAAUUACAGAGACAGGUCAAUGAGCUAAUACAAAGAGGCUAUGUUAGGGAGAGUUUAAGCCCAUGUGCUGUACCUACCCUGUUAGUGCCAAAGAAAGAUGGCACAUGGAGAAUGUGCAUUGAUAGCCGUAGCAUGAACAACAUAACCAUCAAGUAUAGGUUCCCUAUUCCUAGGAUUGAUGACAUUAUAGAUGAAUUGGGAGGCUCAGAAUGGUUUAGCAAGGUGGACCUAAGAAGUGGGUACCAUCAGAUUAGAAUGAAAACAGGGGAUAAGUGGAAAACUGCUUUCAAAACCAAGUAUGGGCUUUAUGAGUGGCUGGUGAUGCCCUUUGGUUUGACUGGAGCCCCAAGCACUUUCAUGAGGCUGAUGAAUGAGGUGCUUAGACCCUUCUUAGGGAAGUUCAUUGUAGUCUACCUGGAUGAUAUACUUGUUUACAGCAAGGGAGUCACAGAACACCUAGAUCACUUACAACAACUGUUUGAAGUAUUAAGGAAACAGAGGUUGUAUGCCAAGCUUGAAAAAUGUAGUUUCCUCCUACCUGAAGUGAGCUUUCUAGGUUACAUUAUAGGGAAGGAAGGAGUAAGAGUUGACCCUGCCAAGGUCCAGGCUAUACAAGAAUGGCCUACACCCACCACCUUGACACAAGUGAGAUCAUUCCAUGGGCUGGCUUCAUUUUAUAGAAGGUUCAUCAAAAAUUUCAGCUCUGUUUUAGCCCCAGUAACAGAAUGCACAAAACAGGGGAAAUUUGAGUGGACACCUGCUGCACAGAGGGCUUUUGAAACCCUCAAGGAGAUGAUGUGUAAGGCCCCCAUCUUGAAGCUUCCUGAUUUUACCAAACCAUUUGAGUUGGAAUGUGAUGCUAGUGGGGUGGGAAUUGGGGCUGUGCUUGUGCAGGAAGGGAGGCCUAUUGCCUUUUUCAACCAUGAGUCCUUGAAGCACAUCAAUAGCCAGCACAAACUGAACAGUAGGCAUGCUAGGUGGGUGGAGUUCAUGCAAACGUUUGAUUUCUCAGCUAGAUACAAGGUGGGAAUGACCAAUGUAAUAGCAGAUGCCCUUAGUAGGAAGCACAGCUUGCUUGGGAUAGUAGGAGCUAGGAUUUUAGGCUUUGAAUUCAUCAAAGAUCAAUACUCUGCUUGCUCUGAUUUCUCUGAAAUUUAUCAGUCUUGCAAAGACAGACCUCAAGGAUUAUUUAGCAUUCACCAAGGCUUUUUGUUCAAGGGUAAUAGGUUAUGCAUACCAAAGCUUCCCCUCAGAUCUGUUUUGGUAAAAGAGGUGCAUGAGGGAAGCAUAGCAGGCCAUUUUGGAAUACAGAAAACAUUAGAUAUGCUUGCUAAACACUUCUAUUGGCCCAAGAUGCUUGGCACAGUGGGCAAACAUGUUUUAAAAUGUGAGCCUUGCCUUAAGGCUAAGGUAACUUUUCACAAAGGGGAAUAUAUACCCUUACCUAUUGCACACAAGCCUUGGGAACACAUUAGUAUGGAUUUUGUGAUGGCUUUGCCUAAGACAAGAAGGGGAAAAGAUGCUAUAAUGGUUGUUGUAGAUAGAUUUUCAAAGAUGUCUCAUUUUAUUGCAUGCACUAAGAUAGAUGAUGCACAAAAUAUUGCAAAAUUGUUCUUUGCUGAAAUUGUGAGAUUGCAUGGCAUACCCAAAACUAUUGUUUCAGAUAGAGACAGUAAGUUCCUAAGCCAUUUUUGGAGGAGUUUGUGGAAGAUGUUGGGCACUAAACUAUUGUUUAGCACCGCUUACCACCCACAAACGGAUGGCCAAACAGAAGUCACUAAUAGGACUUUAGGUACUCUGCUCAGAAUUUUGGUAAAGGACAACAUUAGGGAAUGGGACUUAAAGCUUUGUCAUGCUGAAUUUGCAUAUAACAGAGCACCCAGUAAGCUACCAAAUUCUCACCAUUUGAAUGUCAAAGGAAUAGGAGCUGAGGAGAUGAUCAAGCAAAUGGAAGCAGUCCACAAGCAAGUGCAUGAUAACCUGGAAAGCACAAGUGCAAAGUACAAAAAGAAAGCAGACAAGCACAUGAGAAUCAAACAAGCCAUCAAAGAAGGAGAUCUUGUAUGGGUGUACCUGAGGAAAGAAAGAUUCCCCCAGCUCAGGAGGAACAAAUUGAUGCCCAGAGCCAUAGGUCCCUAUCCAGUAAAGAAGAAGUAUGGGGAGAAUGCAUUUGAAGUUCAGAUCCCAGCAGAGUACAAUAUCUCCCACACAUUCAACAUCGGAGAUUUGACUCUACAUGAACCUGCACAAGAAUUGAGGACAAUUCUCUCCCAAGAGGGAGGAGUUGAUACAAAUAUGGUAUCAAAGACUGGGAACAGCACCAAGGACAUGAAGGAACAAGACAGUGCUUUGGACUUUUCAUCUACGCCAAAUGCACAUGGAACACAAGAGACCCCCAUGGAUACGCCUCAACAAUCAGUUAUGGGCCUAAAAACAACUAGCAAGACCAAGGAAACCAAGAAUAGCACAAGGAACAGCAACCAAGCUCCAACAGGACAGACAGGCUCCAAGAACAGAGCCACAGAGCUACCUAGCAAACAGCUGACCUUGGUGAACCGCCUGAGUUCAGACCGGGAUCACUUAGACCGGAAGGAGGGCUGGAAUGGCAUCUCUCUACAUGGGCCAAGCCACCAAGGGCCAAGGGUUGCGGAGCAGCCUUUUGGCCGGAGGGAAGUCUUGUCACGGAGUGGUUUGAGUUCUCAAAGGCACCCAGCAAUCAAGGUUUCAUCAUCCUUGCAUUGUUUCUAUCCUAGUUCGCUCAUAGUUCACGUUUCACGGUGUUUGUUUCCCCCUCAUCAGAAAAACAAGAAACUCUUUCUUGGUUGUUUGUGUGAGUCAGUGUGUGUGUUCAUUGGAUUUCUGAGUGUUUGA